UUUGCUCCGCUUCUCCUUCACGAUGGCGCUGUUGCUGGCCGUUCGUCGCGCGACAAUGGUGUUCAAAGGGGUUCCAUCGUUGGCUUCUUCAGCCGAGUCUAUUUCGCGCCGCCCACAACCGCCUUUGUCCAGAGAGCUUGAUUCUGCAUCCAGGGAGUUAUUGUUUAUGGAGCCAAAAAAUGAGCAGCCAAAUUCUUCAAAGAAAGCAAAGGAUCUGAAUAUUGAGGGAUACCCAGUUGGGGGUCUGUCCAUUGGAGGCCAUGAAACUUGCAUCAUGUUUCCCACUCUUAAAGUAGCUUUCGACAUUGGUCGCUGCCCACCUCGCGCCGUUUCCCAAGACUUUCUGUUGAUCUCCCAUGCGCACAUGGAUCACAUAGGAGGACUACCGAUGUAUGUUGCCACACGUGGCCUGUACCGUAUGAAGCCACCAACAAUUAUUGUACCAAUUUCAGUAAAAGAGGACGUAGAGAAACUCUUUAAAGUCCAUAGGAAAAUGGACCAUUCAGAGCUCAAGCACAACUUGAUUGGGUUAGAUGAGAGGAGUUUUAUUUGAGAAAAGAUCUCAAAGUAAAAGCAUUUCGGACUUACCAUGUUAUA